AAGCCCCACCCUCGAGACUCUGCGACUGACUUUCUUUUCUCCUCUGGCUUUGCUGUUUUCGGCCCUCUUGCUAACAUGGAAGCAACGUGCCUAGUUGUCCUGCUCAGGAUAUGCGUCCAGAUAUUAGCCCUCCCUGCUUACUUGCUAUGGUAUCUGGGUAUCUGGGAACCCCUUUGCAAGAAGUUAUUCCCCUACGUCAUGGCUGUGGUGACUGUCAGUUAUAAUAAGCUGAUGUCCGACAAGAAAAGGGAAAUGUUCAGCAACCUGAAGGACUUUGCCAGUCCCACAGGGGCUCUCACACUGUUGGAGAUUGGAGCGGGAACCGGCUCCAACUUUCAGUUCUACCCUGCGGGAUGCAAAAUCAUAUGCACUGAUCCGAACCCCAACUUCCAGAAGUUUCUUGACAAGAGCGUGGCUGAAAAUCCACACGUGCAGGUGAAACGCUUUUUGGUGGCUCCGGCUGAGGACCUACACGAGGUACCAGCUGCAUCGGUGGAUGUGGUGGUUUCAACGCUGGUGCUUUGCUCCGUGAAGAGCCCAGAGCAAGUUAUGAAAGAAGUUCUACGGGUGCUGAGACCAGGUGGCGCUUUCUACUUCCUAGAACAUGUUGCAGGUGCUCGUUCCAGCUGGAGUCUCUUCUGGCAGCAGAUCUUUGAUCCAACUUGGAUAUGUCUGUUUGACGGGUGCCACUUGACCAGAGAAACCUGGAACGACCUGGAAAAAGCUGGCUUCUCAGAGCUGAAGCUACGGCACAUACAUGCCCCUUUAAAAUGGCACCCUACUAAGCCGCAUAUCAUAGGUUAUGCUGUAAAAUAGCUUGGAAAUAAAUUACUGUACAAGAUCUCCAUGCAGGUGUCUCUGCGUUGGGGUGUAGAACCUAAUCGUGAGAAUUAUAGGACAGCCCAUCACUAUGUGGGAUUUGACAUCUUUCCGCAGGGCCUGCAAGACGGAGCUGUUCUGCCUGGCCUUUGGGCUGGACUCAGUCUGACCCCUAUGUUUUCCUUAUGGUUUUGAUUUGGGUUACUUUAAAAUGAGGCUGCAUUUUAAAAUUUUAAAUUUAAAUUGUAUUUUAAUUAUUAUUAUUUCUUUCUUUUACGUCUUAUUGUAAUUUUACUGGUGUCAGCCGCCCUGAGCCCGGUUUUGACUGGGAAUGGCAGGGUAUAAAUAAAAAUUUGUUUUAUUUUAUUUUUA